UGAGCUCUCACUCCUGCAGCGCACGAGCUGCGACUCAGUGUCGAGAGGAAGAUGAUGAUGAUGAUGAUGAUGAUGGUUAUAUGUGGGCUGUGAUUAAUUCAAGCGGAUAGGAUUCAGAUCUACAUAGUGAUCGAGCACCUGCUGUGGCUGCUCAGAGUGCUUGAGCUCUGGGUGUGACUGUUGUCUUUUGUCCUCCACCUGCCUCCUCUCAGUCAGAUGAAUUAACUGGAAUAUCUUCUGUAUUAAACUGGAUCGUGCUGGAAUUACAUUUAGCCGAAAAGUUGUGUAUGCUCACUAGUUCACUGGUGCAUCUGAUUUGUCUCUCAGUGGCACUCUCAACGUAUCGGUAACUCAUGUGUUUGUUUAUGUGAUUAUCGGUGCUCAUCUGAUGUCACACAGUCAGUGAGCGCGCUCCAGAUGCACGCGCUGUUUGAUCGGAAUUGGAAAGGGCUGGAAAUCGAUCUGUCUCCGGUCUCGUUACCCCACGGUGCCGUGAGGAUGUUCAGCUGUGUCGGGUGUUUUUGGGUGCUCCUGUCCUCCUCCCUGGUCGCGAUUUGCAGUUUCAGUUUCAUCUCUCCCGCAUGGAUAGUGAAGGACCUCCUGAAAAACAAGGACUCCGUGAGUUUCGGGCUCCUGUGGCACUGCUCCGAGUCUCAGGAUCAUAUGUACAGAUGUUACACCUUCGGCGGGCUGGGGAAAUUUCAAGAGAUUCCUUCAAGUUCUUGGCAGACGAGUGCAGUGCUGUGUUCAGGUGGAUGUGCUCUGCUGGCGGUCAGCUCCCUGCUGGCCAUCAUCACCAUCUUCCUGCCCGGUGGAGCCUGGGAGAGGAGGAUCUGCACAUUGGCAGGAUACAUGCAGAUGGCUGCAGUGGUCAUUAUGGCAUCUGGUUUACUGGUUUACCCCUUCGGUCUGAACUCCAGCCUGGUCAAGUCUUUCUGCGGAGACUCGGACAUCUACUACGCCGGGGAGUGUCAGAUAGGAUGGGGCUACAUGCUGGCUAUCGUAGGUGUCAUGCUCACACUCUUCCUGCCCUUCUUCGCCAAGUACGCCCCCAAGGAGCAUCUGUCACCCACCCCCUUGCCCACCCUGUUAUAGAGCUUUAAAGAUCA